AUGGUGAAGAAGCUGACAGGUAGCAAGAAAGUCCAAAGGAAUAUUCAUACGAUAAAGAAUAAAGAUGGCGCGCUACUAACAGAUCCGAAGUUAGUGAGACAAAGAUGGAAAGAGUAUAUUGAAGAGCUGUACGACAAAGAUGGUAAGCCCACGGAGGAAGAGAUAUUUUUAGAAAGCGAAAUGGAUGUCGAAGUAGAUAACGUAGGCCCUGGAAUUCUGGAAGACGAAAUUGAAGCAGCGAUAAGUCAAAUGAAAGACAAGAAAGCAGAAGGAAUUGAUGAAAUACCGGCAGAACUGUUGAAGAAACUUGAAGGUAGUGCUAAAAAGGAAUUGAUACGAAUAUGUCAGGAUAUGUAUGAAAAAGGAGAAUGGCCAAGAGAUUUCACCAAAGCAAUAAUUGUCACGAUGGAAAAAAAGCCAAAUGCAACAGAAUAUGCUGAUCACAGAACACUUAGUCUGAUUCCGCAUGCUUCGAAGAUAAUGCUGAAAGUGCUGGCAAAAAGAUUGGAAGCCAAAACACAAUAUUUCAUUGGUAAAACACAGUUUGGUUUCAGAAGAGGAUGCGAAACGAAAGAGGCAAUCGGCGUCAUGCGUAUGCUCUACGAGAGAUGCUUGGAACACGGCUUGGAUGUUUUUAUAUGUUUCGUGGACUUUGAGAAAGCCUUUGAUAGAGUAAACUGGAAGAAACUGAUGGAAAUAUUGAAGAAGAUUGGAGUUGAUUGGAAAGAUCGAAGGCUCAUCAAGAAUUUGUAUCUAAAUCAAGAAGCUAUUGUAAGAGUGGCAGACGGAAUGUCAGAACCGGCAGUAAUUGGGCGUGGAGUAAGACAAGGCUGCCUGCUUUCGCCGUUACUAUUUUCAAUCUACGCUGAAAUGAUGAUGAUAGAAGCGAUGGAAGAUGUCAGUGCAGGAAUCAAAGUUGGAGGUAAACUACUGAAAGACGUAAGGUUUGCAGACGAACAAGCAAUGGUAGCCAGCUCAGAAGAAGAUUUGCAGAAGUUGAUGGACUCACUUGUUAAAUCUAGUGAGAAGUUUGACAUGAAGAUUAAUGUUAAGAAGACGAAGACGAUGGUAAUUUCAAGACAAUGUGGUAAAUUGGUUAACAUUAUUAUUAAUGGACAAACAGUAGAGCAAGUGACAAAAUUCAGAUAUCUGGGAGCUUUAAUUACUGAAGAUGGAAAGAUGUGCUGCUGA